AUGUCAGAAUUAGCAAAGAAAUUCCAAGGUGCAUUAGUAGAUCAAUUUCAGUCAUCCAAGGGAAAGAUUGUAGUUGUAGAUUCAUCCCUUAUCCCAAUCCAAGGUUUCAAUUUGAUAUUGGAUAAUAAAAUACAAUCAGCACCAGUAUUUGAUAAUGUUGCAGGUAAAUACUCUGGAUUUCUAGACAUUAGAGACUUGGUUUCCUUUUCUCUCUUUAUUCACGAUAAUAAUGUACAAGCAAAUACUUUGUUGGAUGUUGUCAAUUUUGGUGUAAAGAUGUUUAAACAUAAUGCUGAUGUUACUGUUACUUAUUUGUCAAGAAGAAAUCCAUUCCAUUCAUUACAAUCAGGAAAUAAUUUAUUAAAGAUUGUAGAGAUAUUGGCAAAUGGACAACACAGAGUACCUAUUGUAGACAAGGACGACAGAUUGGUCAAUAUUAUAUCACAAUCGACGGUCAUUCAAUUCAUAUAUAAUAACAUUGGUACCGAUCUAUUGCCAGAGUUGAACAAGACUCUUGCUGAAUUGACCGAGCUUGGUAACGCACCAGUAUUGCAUGCCAAGACUACUACUAGUGCCAUCGAUGUAUUCCGUCAAAUGGACAACACUCGUAGAAGUGGUGUUGCCAUCGUAGAUGAGAAUGGCCGUUUGGUUGGAGGUACCAGUAGUCAAGACCUCAAGCUUUUCAUCACUACCCCUUCCACCAAAGUUUUAGAAUCCCCAAUCAUGCAAUUUUUAAAUCAAAUUAGACAAUUAAAUAAUGAAGAUAAUACCCAAACCAAACCAUUAUAUUGUACAUUAAAUGAAACAUUGAAAGAUUUAAUUGUAAAGUUGGUAGAGUCACGUCAUCAUCGUGUAUUUGUUGUUGAUAGUGAAAGUAGUCUUAAAUUGAUCAAGGUUGUUUCUAUUACCGAUAUCCUUAAAUUAAUUGUAAACAAGAUUAAUUCUCAAAAAUAA